CGAAGCCAGGUGACACAUCUCUCAGUUAACCACAGACUCUCUUCUCUGAGGAAUAAACACAAACACCUCCCGUGCAACACCAAUGGAGGACCUUCUAGCCUUCGACAGCGCCAUGGACAUCGGCGGUAGAAUCUCGUUGGCGAUGACGCUGAAGGCCUUGAUCGAGCUGGACGUGCUGGAGGUCAUGGCGGCAGCGGGACCCGGCGCGUGGCUCUCACCGGAAGAGAUCGCGUCAAAGAUCCAAACCAGCAACCCGGACGCCCACAAGGUGCUCGACAGAAUGCUUCGGUACUUGGCCGCGCACAAAGUGAUGACUUGCGAGGUGGUGGUGGGAGAGGGGGAUGGGAAGAGCAAGAGGCGCUAUGGAUUGGACCCGGUUAGCAAGUUCUUCACUAAGGAUGAGGAUGGAGUCUCUAUGGCUCCACUCUUGCUCAUGCAGCUCUCCAACGGCUGGAUUUAUACAUGGGCAAAUAUGAAGCAUGUAGUGUCAGAUGGGAUUGUCCCAUUUGUGAAGACUCAUGGAAUGACAUUCUAUGAGCAUGUGGGCAAAAACCCUCAUAUCGGUGAGAUGUUCAAUAAAGCCAUGUUCAACCUUACCACUGUACUCAUUAAGAAGAUACUUGAAACUUACAAUGGAUUUGAGAGCAUUAAUGUGCUUGUGGAUGUGGGUGGUGGCCAUGGUGCUAUUCUUUCCCUCAUAUUAUCCAAGUACCCACACAUCAAAGCUAUCAACUUUGAUUUACCUCAUGUUGUCUCCGAAGCAAAACCCAUUCAAGGAGUGGAAUUUGUAGGGGGUGAUAUGUUUGAAAGUGUUCCUAGUGGUGAUGCCAUAAUUCUAAAGGACGUACUUCAUAAUUGGAGCGAUGCAGAAUGUGUGAAGAUAUUGAAAAACUGUUGGAAGGCGUUACCAGAUAAUGGAAAAAUAAUUAUCAUAGAACAUGUUAUUCCUAGAAAUAUUGAUGAAGCAAAGAGCGCCUUUGAUUAUGACGUCGUUAUGUUGACUCUCUUGGCUAAGGGGAAAGAGAGAACUGAGAAUGAAUACCAAUUUCUUGUUAAGAAAAGUGGGUUUUCCAAGUUCAAAUUUAUGUGCAAUAUUUAUAGUUUUUCAGUCAUAGUAAUCUAUAAAUAAAUGCAAUUUGUAACUUGCUAUAUAUCAUAGUUUUUAUGUAAUCCUUUUCUACCUGUUUUAAUUUUUGAUUUAUCUAUGUAUUUGGUUUUACUUGAACCAUCUAUCAAGUAAUAUUGUAGUCAUUUUACAUAAUUAAAAAUGGCAGAUUCCUUUAUA